GGAUCCUUCAUGAUUAAAACAACCAUGAGUGGCAUCGCUAUAAUCCAUUUGAAUCAACAUGGCAAUUCGCAUUCGUACGUGAAGUCAUACUCUUUACUGCUAGUUUAGAUUGGCCCCUGACUCCCUAGAUGCUAAGUGAAUAUUGCAGGUCCCGCCAGGAGUAUAAGUACUCCGAUAUGCGUGGCCGAACGAUGCUGCAACUCGAAAGAACAAGCACCUGUUGUAAUAUCAUCUUUUCAUUUUGGCUGUCUCCUUUAGAGAACUAUGAUUUACACUACCCCUACCGCUGCGUGUUCGCCAUCUGCGAUUGCCACGCCGGCACUCUUUGGCGCUGAAAUCCUCUCCCUCUCCGCUUCUUGGGUCAACAACUUCACACUCUAUGUGCCUGCCACCUAUAACUACAACCACGGGGAUCAAUCCGUGCAAAAUGUGGACUUUUGCAAUGUCACUGUCACUUAUACCCACCCUGGUUAUGAUGACCAUAUCACAGUGGAGACAUGGCUGCCACGGAACUGGAACAAACGCCUCCAAGCGACAGGCGGAGGAGGCUGGCAGGCAGGUCGCUUUGUCCUGUCAGAGUUCUUCAUGGCUGGAGCUAUUGGAGAGGGAUAUGCGACCACCUCAACCGACGCAGGUUUAGGUAGUGCAUCAGAGCCAGCUGAAUGGGCUUUGAAGAGUCCCGGAAAUGUCAACUUGGAGGCACUUCACAACCUGGGCUAUAGAUCCCUGAACGACCAGGCUAUUAUCGCCAAGGAUCUGGUGCGAAGCUUUUACGGCAUCCCUCCCUUGUACUCCUACUGGAGCGGUUGCUCUCAGGGUGGACGUCAAGGCCUCAUGCUUGCACAGCGAUAUCCGCAGGCGUACGACGGAAUUGCAGCAUCAGCACCAGGGCAAUCGUGGCCCGAGUUCGUUUCUGCGGUCUACUAUCCUUUUCUUGCUCUUGCCUGGGCUGGUGAAGCAUCUCCGCUAUCGUGUGAGCUGGAUUUCCUUACUGCCGAGGCUGUGAAACGCUGUGACCCCUUAGAUGGCAUUGUGGAUGGUAUUAUCUCAGACGUGGACAAGUGUGACUUCGACCCGUUUACUGCUGUGAAUAAGACGUUCUCUUGCAGCGCUACUGGAAGUACCAUGCGACUCAGCAGAGCGGCAGCGAUCACCGCAAAAGCUGCUUGGUCAGGGCCGCGGACUAUUUCAGGAGAGUUCCUAUGGUAUGGAGUAAACCCAGGGGCGGACAUCAGUGCGUUUGGUGUUGCACCAGGUCAAAACAGCACGAGUAGCCAGGACGAAUGGUUCAACUUGUUUGUGGCCAAGAAUCAAAGCUUCGACAUCAUCAAUUCGAGUCAUGAGGAAUAUGACUGGCUUUUCCAUCUUGCGGUCCAGGAAUACACUGACGUGAUAGCCGCCAAUGACCCUGAUCUCACCGAAUUCAAGAACGCUGGAGGAAAGCUCCUUACAUACCAUGGCCUGGCCGAUCCCAGUAUUCCAACAAAGGGCACGGAGCAUUAUUAUCGAGAGGUCUCAAAAAUAAUACCUGAAGUACAAGACUUCUAUCGAUACUUCCCGUCUCCGGGCUUGGCCCAUUGUUCUGGUGGCAGAGGUGGACAACCGACAACUCUGUUUGAUGCGUUGAGGACAUGGGUAGAAAACGGUACUGCACCCGAGUUUCUCCCAGUGCAGGUCAACGGGACUGGUGGAGUAGAGCAAGACCGAAUUCUGUGCCCGUAUCCAGCCAAGGCAACUAGCCGAGGUGGAAAUGGCUCGCACAACGGAACUUGGCAGUGUGUCCAUUAGAGCCUGGUUUGGGGUGAUCAUCGAGGUAAAUCUCCUGCAACGAAUGGGUGUGCAUAAUAUUGUUUCAUGCACCAAACCAGCGUCUAUCUCGGCCCCGGACCGGAC